UUGUUUUAGACAAUCCAUAUAUUAUGCCCAGUAAAAAUAAAAUUACAUAAGAAAUUGUAAUAUGAGUUCCUCUUAUUCUUCCAAAAAAUAUGUGGCUUCCUCCGGUUCUUCAAGAAAUAAAUUAACGAAUUUGCAUAUGGAAUUAUCUCCUAAGUCAUUGUAUACCUUUGAUGCCAACCAAAGAAAUCGCCACAAGAAUCCUGAUAUGGAGUUCAGUGAAAGUGAUAUUCUGAUCACGACUGGUAACCGAGUAAAAGUGAAGGAACUCACAAGCAGGCUUGAUGAACUUGAUAUCAUAGAAGACAUUGCAAUUGCUACAAAGAAAUCAUAUGAUGAAGUGAUUAAAGCUAGAAAGAGAGGUUGGUGGGAGUCGAUUGAGCAGCUUAAUGAACCUGAAGUAACCAAGUUUGAAGCUUGGAUGGAUACUAUUAUUUUUAACAUGCAGAAUCGUUUGAAUGAAAUGGAAAAUGGAGCUUCGUCCUCAUAAUUAAAAUGUGAAGGUUGAAGCAAAAUUCAAAUCAUAGAUGAAGUUAUCACAUAUAGAAAUAUUGGUGAAAACCCUAGAAAGUUCAUAUUUACAAUAUUCAGAUGUUUGUUUUUGUUUUUGUUUUUAGUUUAUUUCAUUUCAAUGUUUCUACAUUUCUAUAAUAAUAUUUGAUAUAAUUAAUAAUUUCUACCUUUUGGCCAAAUUUUCUGGCCAUUUAGCAUUAUCCGUGUAGAUUUAAAAUUUGAAGAAAGAGUUUGGUGAUUCUUAAAAUUAAGUUUUGGAAUUUGUAUUUAAUCGGCAAUUGAUGUAAAGUUAAAUUCUUAAUAGAAGAUUGACAAAUAUUUUUAGUAAUAAAGCUUUCAACACUUCACAAUAGCUUUUUGUUAACAAAAAUCAGUAGUUAUUUUUCAUUUGAUAUCCCGUACUCAUAUUAGUGCCCAAGUAAUUUAAACUCAUACCAAAUAAAAGUCCAUUAAAUUAAAAGCAAUUUCAAUCAAAGAUUUCUUUCAUAUUCAAAACUCUAAAUCAAAAUCUGUGGAUGCUUAUUGUGUUUAUCCAUGCACCGAUGAGACAUUAAGACUAAUUCUGGAACAAUGUAAUGUUUUUCCAUAUUUCUUAAUCUCCGUUCUCAGUUAAACUACAUCAUAUAAAUUGAAAACCGGACCGAAGCAGUAAAUCUCUAAUAUUAUUUUGAUUUGAAGAAUCCCAUUUCAAAUAUGACCCAUCUCAUGUUACCUAGCAAAUCCACAAC